GCGGCCCCGCCGCCGCCACCGCCCCUCAGGCCCUGCCCGUCACCGCGGCACGGCCGGUCUGGGGCUCGGUGUCCCCCGGCGCUCAGUGUCCCCCCGCCUCAGGGGCUCAGCUGCCCCACCCGGUGCGGGUGGACUGCCCGGGGGAAGCUUUAACCCACUGACUCAGGCAGACCUAACAUGGUCUCUCUGCCCUGGUCCUAUGUGAGCCCCAGGCACGGUCAGGUGGAUGUUCUCCUGGAAGGUGUCAGCCCGAGAAGACAAAGGUGUGCCUCCAGGCGAGUUUCUGCUCGCCCCAGCUUGACACGCAGGAAGCCCAUGAAGGAGAACCGUAGGGAGCACCACGAGGCUGAGGCAUGGCCCCCAGAGUGUGUCAGGCCUGUGGUAAUUUAGCCCCGGGAAUCUUUCCAGCAGGUGAACAGAGAAAAAGCAGGAGUGGGUGAUUUCUGAGGCAGACUCAUUUUGCUGAUGAAAGGGAAUUAGAGAAGUGCCCCCUCCCUUCCCCACGGUAGUGUCAACACCUUUAUUCUUCUGUUUUCCCAUCAAGUCCCUGAUUGUUCUCUUCCCUAAAGCAGUUCGAUGGGUAGAAACAUAGCGAGGGCAUUGGCAGCUUUUGCAUCGGCAUCAUCCAGCCCUGCUGAGAGGCACUCGGCACACAACAGUGGUAAAAAUGCUGGCAGAGGUACGGCCCCGCUUGCACUGGCUCUGCUGUCGCUCCUGCUGCCAGACAGAGGGAAACUGUACGCCUUGGAGUCUGGGGUUAGAGGAGUCAAAGAGAUUGUGAAUCCUCAGAGGUGAGCGUGUUGCCGUUGGCUGGCUUUCCAGCAAUGGGGGAUUGAGCUGGUCUCUGACAAGGCAGCAAAUCCGGAGCUGCCGUGCUGGGGAAUGAAAUGCUCUGUGCAAUCAGGCUCGUUGAGUUGCUGCAGCACUUCUCUGCGCCAAGCGGUGUUUCUCUUUUGGAUGGUUGUGGUGUUAAACGCUUCAGCAAUAAAGAGGCUUUGUUGUGGUCUCUGCAGCGUUGCUUUUGCCUUGGCUAGCAGCAGCCUUUUUGUUUGAAUUAAUACUUUCCCUGGAGUUGGCUGUGGGGGCAUGUGUGGGCACAUGUGUGUGUGUGUGUGUGCCUUUACUUGUGGGUGUACAUUGGACACAGCUGUGAGCAGGCACUUAUGGUAGGUGCAGCACUUGCCCAAACGUGUUGCUGUUUUCGCGUGCCAGAACAAUGUGCCUUUCCUCAUGGUUGGGAACGUUGGCCACCAUUGCAGGCUUUUAACAGUCCUUGAGUGAAAUUAAUAGACACUUUUCCACCUACAAGCAGAAACUGUGGCUUGAACCUAGCCUAAUCCUGUAUUUAUUCUCAGGAAGUGUCAGCAUUCACUGCAUUAAAGGGAAGACCAAGCCAUACGGAUCCUGGCCAGUCAGUGCUGCAGUGGGGUUAUAGCUGGCCAGGCAGUUCCCUCCUCGUCAUGCAGGGACCGGCUCACAUGCAGCAGUGUACUGUAUAAUGCAUGAGUGAAGGUCAUACAAUGACCUAUUGCUAUGGAGCUUUGUAAUUUAUUUCCUUUGGCACAGGUAUGCUGGUUAGUUCCACCUAAGUUUCAGGGCGAUCAGUUCAGCCCCACUACAGGCUGGUAAUAGAAACACACAACUCCCCGGCUUUUCCUCAUCUUCCUCCCAUUUGUGUCUCCAGGGUUAAAACUCAGUCCAGAAUCCCCAGACCAAAUUGAAUUAGAAUUUAACAUUCAAAGAUUCAGGCUCCCUUUAGGCUCUAAGGAACAGAAUGUCAUCCUGUCUCGCAGUUAAUAGCUGCUGGGUAGUCGUUUCAAAGCCAUUUCUUUUCAGUGAGCUCUACCAUAGCAAAUCCCAGCAGUGAAUGUAUUUCUGGCCUGGCUGUGCCUUUAAUCCCACAGCUGAGUCUUAUGUGUGAUCUCUUUUGAAAUGCUAGAUCUUUUUUUUUUUUUUUAAUUCCAGACAGCGAUAUUUCUAGACUUGGCAUUUCGAGUGGCAACAGGGUUGUUUAUAGGAAAAGAAGAGAAAGGACAGAAGGACGAUGUUGACCUGGCAGCUCUACAAACCUACCACACUUAAUCCACUUAUCACUCUGAAUUCCUGAAGCAGAUAAAUGCUGAUAACAGUUAAAACACAUCACUGACAGGAGCAGCAUGUUCUGUCCUCUAGAAAUACAUCAAUGCUGAAAAUUGCAAAGCUGUGUGCUACCAUGGGGAUGAGUGUGAUAUAAGAGCCGAAGAAGCCCUCACUGUUCAUCCGAGUUCUUCUACAGGAGGGUAGUGAGCCUUUGCUUCCUUCUCCCUCCCUGCUCCAACUACCUUGAGAUGCUCUUCAGGCCUGAGAAAUGCUGCUGAGCACUGUUGUGACCCCAGAGCCCCCCAGAGCCACAGCUGCCUGAUCUGUGCCUCCAUAUAUGAAAUACCAAUUGGGCCCCAAGUGUCUUGUUACCACUCUUGAUUGUCCUUGCUGCUCAGCGUUAAGACCUGUGAGGAGCAAUUUCCAGCUGAGACCAGCCCUGUCCAGCUCACAUCAGCAUGUCUUGGGGAGAGGAGUUGUUUUGGCUAAUCUGAGCUAAACCUUCCCUGGAGGAGUGCAGCUACUGCACCAGCCUCGCAGAGCCACACAAAGCCACUUGCUCUUCUCCCCAUCUGUCAGGGCUCUCACCAAGGUAUUGGAGCCAUCCCUGGGGUCAGGGGGCCACAGUGGCCACGGCUGCACACCUCCCCCUGUUACAAGACCCCUUCCUCUUGAGGACCUGUCCCAGGCUGAACAGGAGGAAAAAUGCUGUAAACCAAAGGUUGUUUGGAGCAGACCUCACUCCUACAAACUCUGGAUGGACAAAACAAGUGAUAGUGCUUUUGAUGACGUGCAGUUUACAGGCUCAUCUGCUGCCUUAGGUCUUUUCCCCCGUGGCCAUCCCCCACCAGUCUCCACAGCACAGCACCCUGUGGGAGCAGGCACCCUUGAAGUUGCAGCAGUGUGCUUUCUUGUGGAUAGUGCAAAUGUCUCACAAGAAGUGCGAAAGGAGGAAGCUGCCUAGAGAGAAGUGAAGAUCUCUCAGACAUGGGGGGGGGGAGUUUAUGAGUCAGAUGCUGCUCAGCUGUUGCAUUGCAGAUGUCUUAGCUAAAAACAAGCUUUUGUUGAAAUCAAAGACUCUUCGUGAGUAUAGGCGGCAGGAGCCUCCCACAAAAAGAGAGUUUUCUUCUUCAAAGGGCUCUCCUUAGGUUUGACUACAAUAGAUUACUUAAAGCUUGCCUGCAUUGCGAAGCUGAUUCAGAGCCAGCAUGGUGUGGAUCUGAAGCAUCCCAGCUGUUAGGGAUGAAUUUGCUGUCUAGUUGUUCUCACUUUGUGAAUAUGAGUGCCUUCCUCUGAAGGGACCUGGUGGAGGAGUUGGCUGUGGAGGGAUGUUUUAUGGAGUCAGGAGUACAGUGGAGCCAUUUCUCUGUACUGACUGCUGAUGUGGGUACUGGUUUUCUGCACUGAAGACAAAACAGGGAUCCCACACUUGAGUGUUCACAUCAGUUUGGAGGGUGACGAAAUUUGCUUUAAAUGUGGGCGAUAUUUUACGGUCAUCGGGAGACAAAGCUCUGUGUGUUAAAGUGCUUAUGGUCUAAUGUUUGGACACCCGCUGGUAGGUGUAACACCAUCGUGGUAGUACAGAAAUAUUAACCCUGGUGCGGGGAGGAGUCUGACUGAAAAGCAGAAGAGCUUGCAUCUGCCAGGAACUGCUUGCCAAAAGCAGUGUGUGUACAUCCUGCCUGUCCCUUCACAAAGGGGAGGGGAUCAACCAGCUGCCCAGGCAUGGAAAUACCUGACAAAUCCCCAUCUCUUUUGCCUUUUGGAUCUUCCUGUCUUGUUGUUUUCUUACAGCCUUUGACACCCAUCAUGGCCUCUAAUCUAAAAGUCAUCUUCCUCUUUCUUUGGUUGCUUCAGUGUGGAGGGGAAAAUGUUGAUGUACAGCAGAAACCUCCAAUCCAGGUUGCGCUGCUCAAGGAAGAAAUAUCCAUCCCCUGUAAAGUCAUCUUUCCUUACAUGCCGAAAUACACCAAAUUUUCAAUCUGCUAUUACUGGAUUAAUUCACUGGGCCAGAAGACAUCCAUCUAUAAUAGGUCAGAAAACUUACCCAUUCCUUCUGGAGAAGAGAAUAAGACUGCUGCCAUAUCUUACGACCACAGAAUUGUGCCGCUUGAAAAGACCUCUUCUACUGGCACAUACUACUGCGAGGUCAAAUGGAAUGACAUCCAGAAAGUGGGAAAGGGAGUGUUUGUCCUCGCUAGAGGUACAGGGUACAUAGAUACCUCUUAUGGGUGGGAAAUCCUUGUUACCCUUACUGUUGUUCUUGCUGCAUUGAGCAUCAUCGCAACAGCUCUGCUUCUGUGGAAAAGAAAGGUGUUGUGCCCUAGAAGGAGCCAGCUAAAUAUCCUGAGACAGAAGGUGGAAACUCAGCUCCCUUCAGCCAGCCCACCACCACCACCUCCUGUCUAUGAUAGCCUGGAUGUGAAGCAAAUUGAUAUCUAUUCUGUCCUCGAGAACAAUACAAAGAACCCUUCACUCAAAAAAAAUCCUCCAAGAAAGACACCUCAGAAGCAAGCAACUCUAGAAGAAUCCUCUGAUACACUGUAUGAGAAUAUCUAACAGGGAAAGAUAUCUGACCCGGUGUGGACCAGACAUCUUUCUGUGUGGCAGAGCUACUCUUACAUCCCCGAUGAGAUGCAGAUACAUGCAGAGAUCUACAGUAACUUCAGAGCACAAGCACGAGGGACUUGUGAACCCCUGGCUCCUUCUAAACUGCCCUUCAUUAACAACAGAAUGCAUCUGUUAAAAUCCCUCGGGGCUCAGUCUGCACUGAUGCAGCAAAGCUAUUUUGCAGCAAAGCUGUUUGAUGCAAAAGAAAAGCUGCUUUUUUCAAGCACUUAUCUUGGGAAUGGGCAAUAUGUGAAGGUUUGUCUCACCUGCCCUGGCUGAAAUAAUUAACUCUCGAUCCUCUGCAGAUGAUAGGACAAUCCAGAGAUCUCCCUACUUGCUGGCUUGAAGUUCAGAUCCUAACCUGCAGCAGUCCACCUGAUCCUGUGCUUGUGGCUUUCCCGAGGAGGCCUUCAGGCCUACAUGCAUAGUUUAACCAGAUCCAAGCAUCUACCUGCCCAUUUUUCCUUUCUCAGGAACCCCACAGUGAAACAUGCUUUCUCAUAAUCUGCUAAUCCCAUCAAGUAGUCACAGAUGCCUGCUGUGACCAUACUCAGGCGACUCAAAUCAGUGCCUCCAAGUAAAUGCUUCCUCUUCAGCAAUAUAAGCAGUUUAUGGUGAGGACUGGAUGCACUGACAGAGAUAAAGGUGGAGAAAAGGAAAACAGAAAAUAUCCCUGCCUGACAACAUGUCUCAGUGACAGUGCCCAUUCCAGAACAAGAAAGAGGAACAAGGAGGUGGGAACCUCAGGAAACUCCCUUGCUGGGGCCACAUGAGCCAGGCAGGUCUGGGGCCAGGUUCCAGCCCAGAGAAGUUCAAGCCGAGUUCCCCAGUUUCCUGCUCUUCUUGGCAAUCGCUUGGGAUUUUGAGCCUCUGUGGGAGCAGGCAUGGUACCUCUGGCCCACCAGAACCAGUAGGUUUGCCUUUGUUUCAGCUGGCCGGUGUACAAGGGUAUAAGGCUCCCUUACCCUGUCCCCAUAUGUUAUUUGGCCAGGGAGACCAGUUCUGAAAUGACUGGAGGGAGGAGAAGUGAGGCCUUAGAAGUGAAUUUUCUAUCCAAGUUCUUCUCUCCCCUGUCAGCUGGAACUUGCCUACCAUUUGUGCUGAUGCAUAUUCCAGUUCUGAUAGGGAAGAGGUUACAUUAAAUAUCCAUAUAACACGAUCAAACCAGCGGAUCAAAAAAGCCGAGGCUGUUUUAUCUCAGAUUAAACAACAACAACAAAAUAACAUCCAAACAAACCAACCCAAAAUAAGAAUAUGCAGCAUAACUUGAGAGGAAUCGUAGAAACCUCUUUAAAGAAGAAGAUCAAAUUAAAAUUGAGCUCCAGGGUCAUAGGACCCUCUCUAGUUGAAGAUAAUGUUGCUAUGUAUCAGAGAUAGAGGCUGUGGAAAAUGUCUCCGGGGCCUCCAACCUUCCUAUACUAUGUUUAAAGAGAUAAUCCGCUUAUUGCUUUGCUCUUUUUAUUAGAAGAGAUUUCAAACAUGCAAUUUGGACUUUCUUUAACCACAGAAAAAUGCUUUUUCUCUUCCCAGUGCUGAGGAAUUCAUUUCAGAAAGAGCAAUGAAUAGACAGCAUGGCUUAUUAGAUCUGUUUAUCAUUUGUUAAGAGAUUGCAACAAUUAUAAAUAAAUAUUUUUUAAAUAAAAAGUUUUAGAUUUUACUAAUCUGAACAGGAAACAUUUGUGUUCACAGAAGAGUUUACAGAUAUAACAAUUCCUUUCCUUAACAAACUUGAAGAAAUGAUGAAAUGAAUUAUAAAUAUAUUGCAAUAUGGCAAUAAAAUAUUCAGCAGAAGCUGGUGGAUUAGAUGAAAAGUAAAAACUUUCAAAAUAAUGAUGCUUAGGUUUUGUGUUUUGUUUUUUAAAUUUUAUAAAUGCUAAAAAUACUGUGUGCUGCUGGAAAUUUCCUGGCAAUGAUCUUGCUUUGCAGUGAGUUGAUUUGUCUUGUCUUUCUGUUACCUUUUUAAAUAGCAUGUUUCUUACAUUUAUGCCUGAACAAUUCUAUAUAUUAAAUAGCUGAAGCUGUUUAAAAUGAA